AUGUCCCACGCCGAAGUCAUCUCCAUCGCCACAGCCUUGAUAGCAUCAGGCGGCAUCGCCACGUUAACCUUUUUCGACGUCCCAGAACUUCAAUCCCAGCCUGCAUCCAGAUCACUCCCCGCGAUCCGAUGGCUUUUUAGCCGCGGCUCACAUGUUUUUCCAUCCGCCUCGAUCAUCUCAACCGUAGGCUUCAUCUACUCAGCCUCUACCCACAACCUCCAAGGUUCUGGUCCGCUUUACUCCCUUGGAACCAAUACUUCACAGGCGAAUGGCUUUUUGGCUGCUGCGGCGCUCACGUUCAGCAUCGCUCCCUUCACUCAACUCAUGAUCCCCACGAAUUUCGCGCUUAUCAAGGAGAACAAUAAGCUGGGUGGUUCCAGGAGCGAGAAAGCUGCCCAGGAGAAUGGGGAUGCUUCUACAGACCGAAGUGCGUUGGAUUCGGUGAAAGGAACUGGAGAGGGAGUCGAGUUCACAGACCUCAGUGGACCGCAAGAGAAAACACCACGGAGCUCGACUGCAGAGGAAGAUGAAAAGGUUCGGGAUUUGCUGGAGAAGUUUCGCUGGCUUAAUUUGGUGAGAGCUGUACUUAUUGGGGCUGGGGGUGUUGUUGGUCUGUAUUCUGCCAUGAAUUGA